UAAACACUGCGAAUAGUUUAGUGAGUAGGUAUAAAUAUAAGAACCAAUAAAUUUCUAAUAGAAAAAAAUUUAGAUUCUAAAAAAAUAUUCUGUAACGAAAUAUUAAGUUCCAAAAAACCUUUUCUUUCGAAUAAUAUAUACUUAAGAAAAAUGUCUAUCUUUAAAUCACUACUGCUUAUUGCGAUUUCUUCCUUUUUUAUCUUGUGGACAAACGCACAACUAGUGAAAUACAAAAAUUUGUCAAAUGAUGAUUUUGCCGAAUUGUGUGCAAAAAAUAAUGUAAAUCUUACAAAAUUGAACGACAAUUGGGAAUUUGCAAAAAUAAUUUUUGCUCAUCUUAAAACCGAUGGAAAUCCUGAAAAAAUGCAAAACUGUGUGAACGGUACUUUACGAGAAAAACUUCGAUAUAAUAUGGAUAAUAUAGUGAAAAAUUGCAUUCAAGGAAGUAUUGAAUUAGAUGAAAGUAGCAUUCAACAACUUAUUGACGAAAGCGAGAGAACAUUUUGCGGUAUCUACCGACUUGCUUGCUAUGAUCGAUAUCUUCAUGAUACUACUGGUUGUCUUAAUCACACAAUUAAUUUAGCUUGUCAAAAUCAAAUAUUCAAAAUGAAACUGGAGAACGUUGAUGAAUUUGCUAAUUUGGGAUUAUCGUUCACUGAACAAGGAUUUUCAAAUUAUUUAAAACUUCUGAAUUGCACAUCAACCGAUGUCAAACAGAAUUGUAAAGAAGAACUGAGUGCAAAACGUGAAAAGAUACAAAAAGACUUCAUUGAUACUUUUACUGUGAUUCAUAAGUGAUCGACUAUAUGAAUCCAAAAACUUCAAAAUUAAUAAAAAGAAUUGUUUUGUUUCACAUUUUCAUUGUAUUACAAAAAAAUGGUGUAUUAAACUGCAAUAUAAUUAUUAGAAAGAAGUAAACAAAAAUUUAAAAAUUAGUAAUUUAUUCCAAAGUUAAAGAAUUUGGGUCUAUGUUUGUUAAAAAUAAAAUUAAUUACUAUAAUGUA